AUGCGAUUCCACCAACGUCAGUCGCGCACAUUUCUCCUCUUUGUAUUUCUUUCGACGGUCGCCCAGAUAUAUACAACAGCGCAAGGAACUGGUCGGUUUUUUAUACAACCCGAGGGUCUAGACGAAAGCGCCACUGGCGCCGAUCGCUUCGAUUCCUCGAUUCAAUGGUAUAUAGGCGAUCAAGUGACAGUGCGGUGGGAGGCCGAGUUUGACACUGUCACUUUGCGACUCUGGCAAGGUGUUUUUGAGGGGAAAUAUUGGUAUAAUGAUUUAUUGAGAGACGACCCAAACACCCUUUCCUACACAUGGACUGUCGGACCCGUCCUUACACAAGCACAAACCAUAAACCUUCAUUUCCAACUCCUGGAUUCCUCGAAUACGGAACGAAACUUCAAUUCCAAAGAUUUUAAAAUUUACAAUCGGACCGAUACAUUAACGGAAACGCUUAGGACAACAACAAAGGAAAGGACGGUUACUAAAGAGGUGACAGUGACUCCCGGCGUGGAUAUCGGCAGCAGCAGUAGUCCGAGGAGUACACCUACCGAUGUUGAAACUCAGACAACACCUGAAACUGGGAGUGAUGAAGCAAGUACGACAAGUAGUAGCGAUAGUAGCACUAGUAGUGAGACAGAGGCAGUGACGAAUAUGGGUGCAAGUACUAGUGCCGCCGCGGCGACAACAUCGAAUAGUUCUGCCCUUCCCAAUUCGACGGGCACAAGUAGCGAUAACACAGCUAUGAAAGUUGGACUCGGGGUUGGACUCGGAGUCGGGCUUCCAUUGUUAGGUCUGAUCGGUGGGGGUUUAUACUUCUUGGGCAAAAGACGUGGAGCUGGGGGAGCGGGCAAUACGUUACCAGAUAUGCCGUCUGUACCACCAGUAACUUCGAGAGGGGCGGAAACUGGGUGGUACCCUGGAAAUACAGUAGGCGGUAUUGAAAAUACAGGCAGCCAAGUUGGUGGGGCUAUGGGCUUGCCGGGUGGAGGAAGAUGA